CACAUGAGUAAGUUACAUUUAAACUUUUGGACAGAGAUAAUGCAUCCAAGUGGUGUUGGGAGAGCUGAGACUCCAUGAAACCCUCUACUCGCAUUCUUCAGCCGCCGCGCCUCACUCUAUACCAAUUCAACAUCAAUAUAUCUGUCAUUUGUACUUUCAUUCAGGCGAACGUUUAUCACGCGUAUCAACUCGUGCGUGCAAACAAUGUUCCACCGGAGAAUAUAAUUACCUUCGCCACAGACGAUAUUGCAAACAAUCGCAGAAAUCCGUAUAAAGGCAGAGUGUUCCAUGACUACAAGCACGAAGAUGUCUAUAACGGUGUGGUAAUUGACUACCGUGGAAAGGAUGUCAGUCCGAAAAUGUUCGAGAGAGUACUGAAAGGCGAUGAGACACUUGAGAGACGAGGGAAGAAGGUGCUGAAAAGCGGUCGAGAUGACUACUUGUUCAUCUAUUACACUGGCCAUGGUUCGCCUUACGAGAUUUCCUUUCCAAAGCAUAAUCUCGAUGCCGGGAAGUUCAACAAACUCCUCGGCCACCUGUAUUCAAACCAAAAGUACAGGAAAAUGGUGAUUUACAUGGAUGCUUGCCUCUCUGGCUCUAUCUUCGUGGGUGUGCUUCCUUCAGACGUGGGAAUCUACGCGACAACAUCAGCCAAUGCCAAUGAGGACAGCUUUGCUCAGUUUUGUGAGGACCCGCAAUUCAGUGUUUGUUUAGCGACCGAAUUCUCGUAUGCCUGGAUUACAGAUUCUCAGUCCGUGAGUUAUAUGAAAACUGUUCUAGAGAAGCCUAUGAGUUUCGGAUGGGCAAUCCGGUGAAAGUCAGCAACUAGUGGUAGUCCAUUCGAUGCGCCAGACCACUCAUUUGUGUAUUUUUGAUGAGUUUGUCGUACUUCUUUAAUAAAUGUACAUUUUUGAGUGACAGUGUAGGCAGGUGUAAUUUGAGGUCAGCUGAUACUGUUGACACUCAGUCCGAACUUAUGAUGUGACUCUUGGAAAUCCUUGCUCACGCGCAGUGCAGAUGUAUGCUGCUCAAAAUCUCCCGAGUCUUGCACAUCGAUGGUGGCGCCUACCGGGCUAUCACUCAGUUUGCAAAGAACCUCGCUGUGUAUGGCUUACCCGGCAACAUAGCAUUUGACGGUUCUGCCCACGCGAACCUGUCUACUCAUCCAAACCAUCAACCUCCGAAUACAUGUAGUACCACAAGGUAGGAUGUUUUAUUUCUAGUUCAGUUUAGCUUGCAUAGGGCUAUUCGACCGUUUUCGUUUUGUUGGCACUUCUUGUGACAUUUGUGAUAAAUCUUUUAUACAUAUUUCAGCCUGCAACUGGCUAC